UCGCCGCCGUCGCCGCGCCCCGGGGACCGCCAGCCAUGGCCGCGCCGCCGGAUCCCCAAGACCAGCUGCUGCCGCUGGCCGGCCCCGGGUCCCAGUGGUUCGGGGACCGGGGGGAGGGGGAGGACGAAGCGGUGACGCCGAAAGGGGCCAAGCCGGCGCCGCAGGCUGGGGAGCCCGGCCGGGGGUUGGGCGCCGGGGCCGGGGAAGCGGCGCCCCGGGAACUGGGCUCGGGCCCCGCCCGGCCGCCGCCCGUUGCCAUGGAAACUGCAUCCACAGGGGCGGCCGUCAUCUCCAGUGCCAUGGACCAUACCUUUUCAACAGCAUCAAAAGACGGGGAAGGAGCGUGUUACACGUCUCUGAUUUCCAACAUCUGUUACCCACCUCAGGAGGAUUCUUCAUAUUUCACUGGAAUUCUUAAGAAAGAAAAUGGCCACAUCACCACUUCAGAGAGCCCUGAGGAGCUGAGUACCCCUGGGCCCUCCUUACCAGAUGUGCGUGGGAUGGAGCCUCGUGGCUUGUUUAGUUCUGAUUCUGGAAUAGAGAUGACUCCUGCAGAGUCCACUGAAGUGAACAAGAUCUUAGCCGACCCCCUGGACCAGAUGAAAGCAGAAGCCUAUAAAUACAUUGAUAUAACCAGGCCGGAAGAGGUGAGAUAUCAGGAGCAACGUCACCCCAAGUUGGAAGAGAAAGACUUAGACUUGAAGAAUAAGGACGCUGACAUCUCAGCAGAAUCUGAAGAGAUCCUUGAACCAGAGAAGCCAACUCCUGUGGAGGGGAAAAUCCUUAAGGACCAUUUAUUUGAAGAGUCAACAUUUGCACCGUAUAUAGAUGAUCUCUCUGAAGAGCGGCACAGGGCUCCUGUGAUCGCCGCUCCCGUCAAAAUCACGCUGACUGAGAUCGAGCCUUCUGUUGAAACUGCUGCCCAAGAGAAGACCCCUGAACAGCAAGACAUCUGUCUGAAACCAAGUCCUGACACAGUCCCCACACUCACCGUCUCAGAGCCUGAAGAUGACAGCCCAGGAUCCGUCACUCCUCCGUCUUCUGGAACAGAACCAUCUGCUGCAGAGUCCCAGGGGAAAUGCAGCAUCUCCGAGGAUGAGCUGAUCACUGCCAUUAAAGAAGCAAAGGGGUUAUCGUAUGAAACUGCCGAGAGCCCCCGGCCCGCGGGCCAGGUGGCCGACAGGCCCAUGGCCAAGGCUAGGUCCGGGCUGCCGACCAUCCCCAGCCCCCUGGACCACGAGGCCAGCAGCGCGGAGUCUGGGGACUCGGAGAUCGAGCUGGUGUCCGAGGACCCGCUGGCCUCCGAGGACGCGCUGCCCUCGGGCUACGUGACCUUCGGCCACGUGGGCGGCCCGCCGCCGUCGCCGGCCUCGCCGUCCAUCCAGUACAGCAUCCUGAGGGAGGAGCGCGAGGCCGAGCUGGACAGCGAGCUCAUCAUCGAGUCGUGCGACGCGUCCUCGGCCUCGGAGGAGAGCCCCAAGCGGGAGCAGGACUCGCCCCCCAUGAAGCCGGGCGCCCUGGACGCCAUCCGGGAGGAGCCGGGCGCCCGGGUGGAGCGCGCGCCCAGCCGGCGGGGCCCGGCCGAGUUCCCCUCGGCUGCGCCCGCCAGCGGCCCCGAGCUGCCCUCUGGAGCCCGAGCCCCCGAGCCCGAGGGGCCCGCGGCGCCGCAGAAGCCUGAGGAGGCGGCGAGUUCCACCCAAAGCCCUGCGGUCAUCCAGGGCCCCGGGCUGCGAGGUCCCGGCGUCGCGCCCCCUCUGCUCUUUCUCAAUAAGCAGAAAGCUAUUGACCUGCUCUACUGGAGGGAUAUCAAGCAGACGGGGAUCGUGUUUGGGAGCUUCCUGCUGCUGCUCUUCUCCCUGACCCAGUUCAGCGUUGUGAGUGUCGUCGCCUACCUGGCCCUGGCCGCACUCUCUGCCACCAUCAGUUUCCGCAUCUACAAGUCAGUCUUACAAGCUGUGCAGAAAACCGACGAGGGCCACCCUUUCAAGGCCUACCUAGAGCUGGAGAUCAGCCUUUCUCAGGAGCAGAUCCAGAAAUACACCGACUGCCUGCAGUUUUACGUGAACAACACGCUCAAAGAGCUGAGGAGGCUCUUCCUCGUCCAGGACCUGGUGGAUUCCUUAAAAUUUGCAGUCCUGAUGUGGCUCCUGACUUACGUGGGCGCUCUCUUCAACGGGCUGACCCUGCUGCUCAUGGCUGUGGUUUCAAUGUUUACUCUACCUGUAGUGUACGUUAAGCACCAGGCACAGAUUGACCAAUACCUGGGACUUGUGAGGACUCACAUAAAUGCUGUCGUGGCAAAGAUUCAAGCUAAAAUCCCAGGUGCUAAAAGGCACGCUGAGUAGAUCGGUACGCCCCGGGCCUGGACACGAACAUGAUUGUCUGACGUGGUAACAGCGCUGUUCACACAGGUUACCGCCAACUGAUUGUUUCUCCCCCCAGUACCAUAAUCUUAGAGACAAACUUUAAAACAGCUGUUUUUAGGCUGUUCCUGUACUCUUAGGAUAUUUGAGUCACUUGUGUCAAGCACUAAAGUAUAGAGAAAAGUGUAUUAGAUGUGGUUUUUAAUUUCGUGUCGCUAAAAAAAGUGCAUGAUGGUGAGAGCCCCAGUUGCCUCUCCUUCUUUGGUGUUCUUCUCCCCCUGCAGUGCUUCUGUAAUGCUCCCUGUGGCUAGGCCUUUCCUGCCCGGUGCACCAAUGCAAUAGUGGAAAUCGCUUCUAUGUCCUUGGGUUGCUGGUUGGAUUAAUCUUUAAUAACAAUAUAUAGAAUUGUAGAACGAUGUUUUAGUGUUUUUCCAACACACACAACGUAAAAAUAAACAGUCGACCGUACUUAUGGUAAUCAGUUUUGUAUAACUUAAAAUAAUUAAAUAAACAAAUAAACCCAAACAAACACGCAGUACUUUUGUUGUGUGGGACUGACGGGCUGAUUUACAUGUAUGGUAACUAAAAGUACCAGCAUGUUCACUUUAUUACAAUUUGUAUUACUUUCUCUGUAGUUCCUAAUGGGCUGAAUUAUGGACUCUGGA